UCUAAUCUCGACUAUACCGCUUUCGUGAACCCUUUCAUUGGCACAGGCGCGUUGGAGACCUUCUCCCCUGGCGCUUCGAUUCCGUUUGGAAUGGCAAAGUUUUCGACUGAUAUGACCGGUUACGCGCCUGCUGGCUACGUCACUGAUCCAACGCAGUUCAUUCGCGGUCUCAGUCCUUUACACGAUAGUGGAACUGGGUCCUCUCUAGGAACUUACGGAAAUUUUGAGAUCAUGCCUCUACUCUGUCCAGGGGGUUUCAACACUUGCACUACAAUCCUUGCAGCGCGUCAGCGGCUCCGUAAACCCAACACAGAUGAUGCAUCACCGGGGUACUUCGCGCAAACUCUGGACAACAAUAUCAAGAUGGAAGCCACUGCAACGCGUCGAGCAGGGCUCGAACGAUUUACGUUCCCUGCUGGAUCAAAACCUUAUUUCGUGCUGGACCUGGCCAAUGACCUGCCGAAUUCUUUUGCUGGUGGGGAGAUGAACAUUAACCCGGAGAAGGGGAGGAUAACGAUGGGCGGAAAAUGGGGAUCAAGCUUUGGACCGGGCAGGUUCAAUUACCAGGCGUUUGCGUGUUAUGAUCUGCUAAAUGGGGGGACGCAGAAGCUUUCGGAAUAUGGGGUAUGGACUGGUGAUACAGUCGGACUAGAUGCCAAAGGACUUGGCCAAACACACCUCAACCUCUCCCUCAACCUCAUCGGUGGCGUUUACCAAUCUGGUGCCCUCUUCUCAUACGAGAACAACCCCAGUACCGUCAACAUUCGCGUUGGAGUCUCUUUCCGAUCCGCAGACCAAGCAUGCGCCAACGCUGAAGAGGAGGUGGGCGAGUCGUCGUUUGAGGACAUCGUAGAGCAGGCACGGAAGCAGUGGUUGGAGAAGCUGAGUAAGAUUGAGAUUGACGUGGUGAAUACCCCGCCAAACGUGACGGAGAUGCUUUAUUCGUCGUUGUAUCGCGCUUCGUUGACGCCGAAUAAUGCUACUGGAGAGACCCAGGGCGUGUUUGCGGAUACGACGUCGUUCUAUUUCGAUUCGUUGUAUUGCAGCUGGGACACGUUUCGGACGUUCUACCCCCUGAUGGCAUUACACUCCCCCGUCGAAUUCGCUCAAAUCGUAGACAACUACAUAGAUGGGUGGCGUAAAAACGGAUGGAUGCCUGAAUGCCGUGCGAACAAUCUCCCUGGAUGGACUCAAGGCGGAUCAAGUGCAGACAAUAUCGUGUCCCACUUUGCUGUCAACUACCACAAUGAGGCGAAGAAAUUAGGAAUUGAUUUAGAUGAGCUUUACGCUGCGUUGGUUACGGAUGGAGAGGUUAACCCUCCAGAGUGGAAUAUUGAAGGCCGACAAGUCAAUGUUUACGAACAAUAUGGAUACGUUCCUUUUGCUGUUCUUGAUGUGUCCAGUACUGGGCGGCAGACACGAGAGGGUAGCAGAACUCUUGAGUAUGCUUUUGAGGACUUUGGUAUCCGCCAAGUUGCUCAACUCCUGGGGAAGUCCGACGACGUCGCAAAAUACACCAACCGGUCACUGUCGUAUCGCAAUGUUUGGGAUCCUUCUGUUACUAGCGAUGGUUUCAAAGGAUUCGCUCAGAAGCGCUACCCAAACGGCACAUUUGCAUACACCGAUCCCAUCGACUGCUCGCCGAAUGAUAAGAACGAUACCAGGCCAUGCUCUCUUCAAGGUAACAAUGUGAAUGGGUUCUAUGAGUCUUCCUCAUGGGAGUAUAGCUGGUAUGCGCCUCAUGACACGGCCCAUCUGGUCCAACUUAUGGGAGGGAAUGAAACAUUUGUGAAGCGGCUGGAUCAUUUCUUUGACGUAAGCCCUAUCACAAUAGCACCAGCAGGUCUUCCAGGGAACGACGACCAAGCCGCGAUGGCGUCUCUCCUUUCAUUCCAUCUUUUAGGAAUCUAUCCAGGCAAGCAGGUCCCCUCAUCAACCCAAUUCCUCGUGCUCUCACCCUUCGUGCCCAAAUACACCAUCCACAACUCGUUCUUGGGCGUUAGCACCACCGUUUCAGUCGUCAACUACGAUCCAAAAUCAAUCCAAAAGACCAUC